AUGCACAUGGAGGUCUCAGGCCAGGAACAAAACUUCCAAGAACUGGAUUUAGAGGCGAUAACUAGGAAAAUUUCAUUUCUCGACAAAUGGAGGGAAAUCUUUAGUUAUCACAGGUUGGGAAUCAAUAACACAACUCCUCAGAAUCAUGAAGGCAACCAUGUAUCUGCUGAUGAAAUUAAAGAUGAAACAGGAAUAACUCAGCCCAAAGGACAAGGACAUUUGCCAUCAAGUAGCCUUUGUUCUAUUCCCAAACCUUCUAUCAUCUCUUCAAAACUGGGCGGCUUUCCUAUCUCCCUCACAAUGGCCAUGAAGCUGCGACAGGGCCUCUUUGGAAAUACAGUCCAUGUCUUCAGCUGUGACUGGAAAAGAGCCUGUUUCAGGUUCCAUGAUCCUCUUUCUGACCUGGCUUUUGCUUUGGAAGUGGGAAAGGGAGGUGCCCGAAGCAUUCAGAUGGCUGUACAAGGAUCCAUCAUCAAAUACUUGUUGUUUAUCAGGAAGAGAAAAGACGGUACCUUUUGUAGUCUGUGUGAGAUAAGCAAAAAGGAGCAGGAGCAAGCCCUGGCCGCUGCACUUGCUGGCAUCCUGUGGGCUGCAGGAGACGCUCAGAAGGCCACCGUCUGUCUUGUCACGGAGGAUACUUAUGUUGCAUCGACUCCUGUCUACUCCAGGGACAAUUUCACUGAGCAGCUCCAGCUGUUUGAAUUUUUAGAGAAGGAAGCCACUGAGAAAUUCAUCUACGAUCAUUUACAAUGUUUCAAAGGGGAAGGAAGCCAUGGUGUCAUCCUGUUUCUUUACAGUCUGAUCUUCUCCAGAACAUUUGAAAGGCUUCAGAAGGACCUAGAUGUCACCACCACUCAUCUGUUACAGCCAAGUGCUGGAGGCUUCCUGUGUAGGCAGGCGGUCCUGAACAUGAUUUUAACGGGAAGGGCAAGUCCAAAUGUCUUCAAUGGCUGUGAGAAAGGAAAGUGUCAGGAAAUACUACGUGGAGUCCUGACCCGCAGUGAUGUCGGCUAUUUGCAUUGGGGUAAGGACGCCUCUGAGGAUGACAGACUCUCACAGGUGGGCAGCAUGCUGAAGACUCCCAAAUUACCUGUUUGGCUCUGCAACAUCAAUGGAAAUUACAGCGUCCUUUUUUGCACAAACAGGCAGCUCUUAUCAGACUGGAAAAUGGAGCGUGUCUUUGAUCUGCACUUUUACAGUGGCCAGCCCUUGCAGAAAAAGCCUGUGCAUCUCACAGUAGAUACUCACUCUCAUCACUGGGAAAGGGACCAGCAUGAAGAGAAACACAAACCAGGAAGAUGGUUUUCUCCAGUGGAGAUGGCAAUCAGGACCAAGUGGAGAGAUGCUACCAUCAGCUGGAAUGGGGCUGUUCCCUUUUUCUGA